AUGCGAGCGACGGCGCUUUUGCGUGUGCGUCUACCAAAGGCACGCCGGCCACGAGAGAGGCCGUGGGAGGUUUUCAAUACGCGUGACUUUGGCUUCAGUGAGGGAUCGCAGAACUACAGCAUGUGGCUUCUGACCGCCUCAACCUGUGCAGCGCUGCUUCUGUUUGAGGGCUAUCAGCAGCUGCUGCGCAUCUUAGCGCGCGGCGACACGUGUCCUGCCUGCGACGCGGCCCGCGAACAUUACCGACAGCGCGUUGCUGACAAGGAGCGUGAGAUGCAGGAGGUAUCUCGCCGUAGUGGCCACGUCUGA